GAGGCCCAGGAUCAACCACGGAUCUCGAAGAGUAGAGAGAGUCUCAACUGGUGGAAGAGGCUCCCCGAGCCCCGGCCAUGGCUGCUGCCGGCGACGAGCCGGAGACGGUGGAGGUGACGCUGCGCGCCGUCGGCCCGUCCCGCCCCACCACCCUCCGCCUCCCUCCGCUUCUCUCGGUCGCCGAGCUCCGCCGACGCAUCGCGCGCGAUCGCCGUCUCGCAGCCACAGAAGAGGCCCGCCUCCGCCUGGUCCUGCGUGGGAGGACGCUCCCGCACCAAGACGACGCCCAAAUCAACCUCCGCGAUGGGGAUACACUAAUAGUGGCUGUGGCACCUAAGCCGCCUGCUAAGCAUCUCCGUGACGAUGACGAUGAGGAGGAAGAGGAAGAGCUGAAGUUCAAAAUGCCUCAAACGACAACCUGGUGGAAGAGGAAAAUCUUCAUGUUCCUUCGAGACAAAAUGAGGCUUCCUGAUAUCGUUUUGAUGGCGCUUUUUUCGCUCAGUAUGAAGGCAUGGAUUAUUAUUGCAAUGUGGUUCCUAUUUGCACCUAUAGCUCAAAAAUAUGGCCUUGGACCUCUAUAUAUACUUGGUACUGGUUUCUUGAUCAUACUUCUUAAUCUCGGAAGGCGACAACAGGGUGAUGUUAGUGCAUAUUCCAUAUUCAAUGAAGACUUCAGGGAGCUGCCAGGAACACUUAAUGCAGAUCGCAUAGAUAGAGACAUCCGGGCAGGUCAAUUUUGAGCCUAAUCUCGGUGAAUAGCAACCAUAAUUUGCUGAGAUUUGUAUAGAAGCAUAGUGGGCCUUUGUAUUUCUUUGUGCCUGGAAAACACUUUCAAGAUUAAGAUGGUGCCCAUCUCUAAGGCCAAUGUAUUUCUUACCUUAAGUGAAAUAUCGCUGGGUGUUGAUGAUGGGAAAUUACCAGCAGACUUUUGAAGAUAUCCGAAUUUGCGAACCCAAAUGAGCAGAGUCCGCUAAGACUGACAGUGACAAUGUGCCGUUCCUGCUCUUAUGGGCCCUUUAGAUGCUGUACUGGUUACAUGUAUAAGUUUGAUUUAAGUUGAUACUGGUACAGAGGUUCUUUGAGAUACAAGUUAGUUGUACAUGGACAUUCUCUUACCAACUUAGAACUUUGCUCAAAAUA